GUUGAAUUAGUAAUGAAUAAUAAAUACUUAUUCUCAAAUUUUUCAAUCGUGGAAUCCAAGACGGAAGAAGAAAUUAAAUCGACCCAGAGUUCUAAUAAUAACCAGAUAACUCUGAAGGCAAAAAGUAUUGCAACUUUUGACAGUGCCCAUUCGGGGAAAACCAUAGUUCGAGGGACUGCCAAGACUAAAAAGAAAGUAAUAAAGCUGAAGAAAAAUAAAUACAAAUUGGAAGAUAAACAGCUACAAAUGGAAAUAAGUUCAAAAUCUUAUAUUCAUCUGAAAAAGCAUGCUAAAAACAAGGACUCAACUAAGGAUACUCUGAAAUUGCCAGGAGGGUCCUCUUUUGGAGGUGAAGGACUUAAGGGGGAAAAGUCUUUUGCCAAACUGCUCGAGCUUAGCAUUCAUAAUAACCUACUCCGACACCAAAAUUGGAUGUACAAAGAGUGAAUGGAGCGGGUGGCAAAGAGUAAUCGGUUCUACGAGCAAAUUGUAUAUGGCGAUAUGAAGGAGAAGCUUAAAAAGCUUUAUUCUCUGGAACAGUCUCAACAUAAAAUGAAGAGGUUAUUUUCGUAUUAUGGUAAAAGACCUCCAGUAAGACCAAGCUAUUGAAAUCUGAAGCAGCAGAAAUUGAUGACAGAUUACGUAAAGAGACAAAGGAUUAUGUUUAAAAUGAAAUCAAAAUCUAGAUCAUUUAAGUCGUCAUCCCAUCAAUCGACGUCCAGCAUGGGAAGUAAGACUUCACCAGGUGUUGAUAACAUGCUAUUCACAAGCUCUUUUUACAAAAAUUUGGAUAAUGAGGACAACGAUCUCACAGGAUCCAUCCAGAAGGAUUACAGAUCGAGUCACUGCUCUAUCUCUCGAAGAUCAAUCCAGUCAUCUUUCUCUAAAACACUCAAAAAGAAGAAGAGCUACAAAUUAGACGAUUUGUUGCAAAACGAGAGCUUGAUAUCUCGGAAAAAUGAAAACAAAGUUGUGAAAUCUAAGGUCAGAAUCUCAAGGGAUAUUACCAGUGGGACUCCAGACUUUAAUAAGACAGAGUUUGACAAGAUCAAGGAUAUGAAGGAGAUGAUUAAGAAGCAUACCAAGAGUAAGAGGAAUAAAAAGCUCGUAGUUCCAAGUGAAAAGGAUAUGACUCUUUCUCAGAGGAGGAGGUCUAGUAUGACUAUACAGGACAUUAUUAACAAAGCAAGAGAAAAUUCAUCCUUUAACCGGACCAUGACUGGCAACCUUCAGCAGACUACACUCAAAGCUAAACCUCUGAAGAAGAGAACUAAACUCGUUCUUCAAGGACAAAGUUCAAAUUAUUCAGUCACUAGGAGCCAUAGUAAUAUUCCAACUGUAUUUCAUGGCCAAGGAGUGGAUAAUAGCCAUACAAAUUCAAUGAUGAGCCUAGGUAUUCCUAUGAACUCAAAUCCAAGUAAAAUAGGAGACAGUGCGAGAGUACUAAUGUCAGCGAACAAUAGCGGAAGAGGUGAUUCUAAAAGCAAACCCCAACUAUCAGCAUUACCUCCAAAGACUCCAGUAAACGUAGUUGGGAAGCAUCAGAGGCAUAAGACCUCAUUUACUUCCAACAACUCAAGUUUUAACUACAAAACUGAGCAUCAGAGGGAUUUAGAGGAAUCUAAGGCUCUUCCAAAGUCUAGUUUCCGAAGGAAGACUUCCUUCGUAGACAUUUUCAAUCAAAGACUAAAGAAGUUCAAGCAUGGAAGAAACAACAGUGUCUCACAAGGAGACCAUACUCUUGGCAAAGAUUUAUCUGAGACUCUUCCAAAACUUAAGAUGAACCCCUCAAGUCUUGCAAAUUUAAAUACCCUCAAACUCCUAAAAAGGAAAAAGAAAGAUCCAUAAAGUAGAUGCUGUAGAAACUGGAGUUCAAGAGCCCCAUACUUUCUUGGGAUGAGUACUCUUAAAACUAUCUGAAUUAUUCUCCUAAUUUAAUAUAUUUUGGUAAUAACUAAACUGACUUCCC